AUGGUAAAAAUAAACAUUGCUAAAAUAUGGGAAGCGCGUGGUCAUUUAAAGAUCGAAGCAGCGACAUUUUUCUUGAUGGUCCCGGGAUUUUUGAUGAUGAUUUGCAUUCCCGUGUUCGAACUGGAGAAAGCCUGUCGCGUAAAUUUGGAUUUUGAUACGGAAAUUUGUGAUAAUUUGAAUAAUCCAAGGUACAAAGAAAUUUGUCAGACCAUGUCGGAAAAGUCAAAAAUGACAGAAAGCAAGUACAAUUUAACGGAAGAAGAAGUCCAAGUUGAUUAUUUCAACUUUUUGCUGCUCAAUGAGACAGAAGCGAUCGACAUCGAUGAGUUGGCGCUCAUUAGAGGCGUUUGUCAUGCGGAAAAAGAGAGUCAAAAGUUGCUGUCGAAGCUGUAUGCGUAUCGAGCGCCUAUCGCGACGACCUUUACCUUGAUAAUUGUCAUGUUUGCGGGCGCAUGGAGCGAUAAAUAUCAGAUACGGAAGCCUUUUAUGCUGGUACCGUUUUUGGGGGAAGUUGUCACGAUUGGAAUUUUUCUCGUCUCCGCUUUGUACAUGGAGCAAAUUCCAGCAGAUUAUUGCGUUCUUGGAGCUCAUAUCAUUCCAGCGUUGACGGGCGGACCAACACUUUUCAUGAUCGGAGCUUCAAGUUACAUGACAGUGACAACAAAAGAGGAUCAACGUACUUUUAGAUUUGGUUGUUUCAGUAUGUUCAUCACGAUUUUAGGCAUUAUUGGAUCUCCGCUUAGUGGUCCUUUGUUCAAAGCAUUGACUUUUGUUCAAUUUUUCUCCUUCACAAUCGCCCUUUUCUGCAUCGGAGCCCUUUUCGUCUACAUUUUCAUUCACGAAGUCACUGCCGAGGGCAAUUCCAAAGAGACUUCUGACGUUGUCAUCACAAAAAGUGGCGUCAUAGUCGAUCGUUCACGCAAAUCCGAGGACUUUGUGAUCGCUUCUUGUAAAGAAAGUUCUUCGCCAAGUGAUUCCAAAUCCAUAAAAAAGAUGAUUUUGGACUUUUUUGAUCCAACGCUCAUCAAAAGUUCAGUUGAAGUGAUAAAAAAAUCCCGUCCCGGAAAUACAAAAACAAUUCUGCUUUGCUGCAUUUUGUGUCAAACGUUAUUUUUUGCGACGCACGGCGAACAAGGACUGAUCUUACUUUUCGCGCGAACGGCGUUGAAUUGGACGACGGAAUUUGGGAUGUUUGUGAUGCUCGUUACGACAGUCGGAUUGCUGGGAACGUUGAUCGUUACUGUGGUUUUUGUGAAUUGGUUGCAUUUGCAUGACGCGACGCUCGGGAUAAUUUCCAUCAUUGGGACUGUGGUUGCCAAACCGAUUAUUGCUUUCAGUAAAACGGAAGAGCAAAUGUACUACGCGAUUUUUUGUGACAUGUUUGGGCACGCUCGGUACAUCGCCAUCAAAAGCAUGAUUUCGAAAAUUGUCCAAAGUGAGGAAUUAGGGAGAGUUUAUUCGAUUUUGGGUGUUUCAGAUAACUUGGAUCUCUUAGUUGUGGCGCCAAUUUAUAGCUUGAUCUACUAUCAGACGAUUGAAACGUUGCCGGGAGCGAUUUUUUUGUUCAGUGAAGUUUGGUUAGUCGCUGGUUUAGUACUUUUUAUAAUUAUUCGAAUUUUAUCAAGAAACACAAUUUUGGAGACGAAAAAUGAAGAAACAGAAAACCCAGAAGAAGAAGAAGGCAAACCAAAUGUUUAUAAUGUCACUCCUGUGAGCAAAAAUGUGAAUGAAUCAUCAAUGAAUAACGAGACGCCUCCUCCGAAAUAUGAAGAAACGCCGCCAAAUUUUGAGGAAAAUGAUGUUUCUGAGGGAAAAGAUGCUAAAAAAGAUGAAAAUGAGUCAAGAGAAAAUAAUUCAAAAGGAAAAAAAGAGGAAAAUAAUGAAAAAAUUGAAGAAAUUUCAAGCCAAAGUAAAACAGAGGAAAGUCUGAAAGUAAAGGAAAAAGAGGAAAAUGAUGCAAAUUCGAUCAAGGACUUUGAAGCUCUGAAAAAUAUUGAUUAAUUUUGAAGAUCAAGAGGAUCUGAAUUAUUGAAUUUAUUAUUUUAAAGCAUUUAUAGCCGUCCAUAAAAAAAUAUU